AUGGAGGGAGGAGAGAGCUGCGACUAACAGAGAGGGAGAGAGAGAAGCUGACAUGAGCUACAGAGACGAGGAGGAGAAGAAGGAAAAGGUCUGAGGCUCCAGAAGAGAGGUCAGAUCCAGGACCAGGACCCGAAGCCAGGAGCCGAGACCAGGAGCAGAGACCAGGAGCAGAGACCAGGAGCCGAGACCAGGAGCCGAGACCAGGAGCAGAGACCAGGAGCAGAGACCAGGAGCAGAGACCAGGAGCAGAGACCAGGAGCGGAGACCAGGAGCAGAGACCAGGAACGGAGACCAGGACCCGAAGCCAGGAGCCGAGACCAGGAGCCGAGACCAGGAGCCGAGACCAGGAGCCGAGACCAGGAGCCGAGACCAGGAGCCGAGACCAGGAGCCGAGACCAGGAGCCGAGACCAGGAGCCGAGACCAGGAGCCGAGACCAGGAGCAGAGACCAGGAGCAGCCCAGUCCACCAUGUCCGAGUCCAUCAGAAGAAGGAGCUCCAGCAGGCAGCUCCUGCAGAACCUCAUCAGGGUGACGGCCCAGCGGAGCCAGGAGGAUGCUGAGGAGGUGGAGCGGGAGCGACGGAGGAGAUCCAGGGAGACGCAGAGAGGAGAGGGGAGCCCCCCCUGGCCGGAGCCCACCCACCACCGCGAGCUGCCACACAGCACCGAGUCGGACGAGGAGCUGAAGCCCAGGUGCCGCUUGGUUCUGGAGGAGGACGAGGGCUUCAGCGACUGGAGCCACAGGCUGGAGAACCGCAGCGAGCGGGAGCAGGUGCGGGGCGACUGCCGGGCCGGCGGGCGGACGCCCACGGCCCCGCGCUGGAAAUCAGGGCCUGAAGAGGAGAAGGAGAGGGGGGAUGAAGAGGAGGGCCGGGGGCCGGAGAGAAGCAGUCGCUCCCACGAAGCUUCGCCAUUGCCUGCAGAGAAGGUGUCAGGCGGCAAAAAGGAAUUCAGGGCGUCCUACAGCUCGUCAGUGUUUCUGCCACAGGACACCCGGCUCGCCGCAGCUCAUCCCGCCGACAGGACGUCCUACCUGGCCGCAGGGACGAUGAGGCCGCGGGGAGCGGCCUGCAGGGUGGACGGGGAGCCGGAGCAGGAGGAAGACGAGCAGCCCACUCCGAGGAGGUCAGCAGAGACCCGGCAGAGCUGCGGAGACGAAGACGACCCGGAGGAAGACGAGCUGAGCUACACUCAUGAAGAGAGGGAUGAAGAGAGGGAUGGAGAGAGGGAUGAAGAGAGGGUAGACCUCCACCUCAGGAGGAACAGACACAGAGAGGAAGAGGAGGAGGAGGAGGAAGAGGAGGAGGAGCUCAAGAUGCAAGACACGCCUUCGGAGGAAAGCGGCGACGCGAGCGCCGUGGUGGCGAACAGGAGAUCUGCGGUUUCUCUCUGCAGCGAAGACGACGAGCCGCUAAACUGCUACGGCCCCAUGAGCCCGACCUUCAAGAAACUCCUCAUCCAGUUCUACCCAGACGAAAUCAACAGCAGAGUCUCUACGGACGGCAAAUGCACGAUCACUGAGAGAACCGAGUCUCUGCGCAGGAGCACCAGCGACGUGAAGAGGACGCCGCCGCCCGUGGCUGUUUCCAAGAUCGACAAGAAGCUGGAGCAGUACGCGCAUGCUCUCGAGCUCUCCUCGAAGGACGGCAGGUCAGGCGCUCAGGCUCCGACGGACCUGACGGGUCCGAGCGAACCCGUCGCCGCCAAGAAGAACCUGUUCGAGGCCGGAGAGGCCUGGAACCAAAACGCCGUCUCAGUCGCAGCGUCCAAGGACGCGGAUGGUUUAAAAGUGGGCGUGGCUGACCUCAUCAAUCAGUGGGUGAGAGGAAGUGAAGACGGCAGCAGGUGCAGCUCGCCCUCCAAACCGACAGAAAUAAAAUCUGGUGGAGUUUUGAACAAGAAAAAUCUAUGGGAGAGUCUCGGUGACACAUUUUCUCCUGGGAGAGACGGAAAGGAGAGCCCGUCUGGUAAAAAGUACAAGUUUGUGGUGGCCGGUCACGGAAAGUACCAGAAGGUUUCAGACGACAACAGCUGCAGUGAAGACGGGACCUGUGAGUCGGCUGGAGAGUUCUAUGAAGAUUUGUGAAACGCAAGGCGGACUUUUUGGAUUAUGAUUAACAAAUCUUUGAUUCAGCACAAAUUUUAUCACUUUAACAUUCUCUGUAUUUCAAGCUUCUGGUUGUUAAUGCUCUUAAACCUGUUGUAAUGUCAAAAUUCCUUUGACACAUAACAUUUAACCAAAGGUAGUGAAGCUAAAAGUGAGUGUUUUCUCUGUUUAUACCGGACAGGUUUUCCUUCUAUCCUGUGAAUAAUAUCUAAAGCUUUUCCAGCAGUAUAAUAUCAAUGAGUAUAACGAAAUAAAAUAAAUGAAAAA